CGUGGCGGACGAGGGCUGCAAACCAAACAGCGCCUGAAAUCUCAACACUUGAACAGCGAGAUUCAUCAACUAGCCUGUUCGCACCAAGCCAUUCCAUUCUCGAUCUACACUAGCAGGAACAACAAAUCCGCUUCCCGCUGCUCCGCACACCUCGCACGGACAGCUCCGCAAGGACGGCAUCGGAGACAGUACUAGCAUUUUAAUAAUAAUCUAUGCAGAAUUUUCUAUUCGUUUUGGCUCGAGCCUCUAGUGACCAGUACUACAGUACUAGACGCCCUCCUAGUCCUAGAAGACGGAAAGGACGCCGGGGCGCUGUGCUGUGGGUUGCUGCGAGUUCGAAGUCAACGAGGGCUUGUUUGUUCGAUCUGGGCGCAUCUGCUGGUUCGCCGGGGCGGGGGGCAUCCCCCUUUGCUCCAACCAUCCAAUCCAAGUAAACAUCAGAGGCAUCGGCUCGUCUUGCAGCACCAAGAUCUUUCUACAACCAGAAGCCAGGAGCUAAUUUCUAUCCUUAGAUCCAAGCGCAGGUUACUGAAGCUGUAGCAAUGAGAAUGGUCCUCCUGGAUGCUCUUGCAUCCUACGUGGGAAGUAUGCUCACAGGGAUGGCACAAGAAGGAGUGUGGAUGCUGCUCGGUGUCUCGGGCGAGAUCGAGAGCAUGGAGGACAAGCUCAGGGACCUUAAGAACUUCCUUGCCGAUGCCGAUCGGCGGAACAUCACAGAUGAAUCAGUUUUGGGCUGGGUUGAAGAACUCAAACGCGCCAUGUACGGGGCAACCGACAUCCUUGACCUCUGCCAGCUCAAGGCCAUGGAAAGCGCUCCAUCAGUAGCUAGCCUGGGGUGUUUUAACCCUUUGCUCCUCUGUACAAGGAAUCCUUUGCAUGCCCGCGACAUUGGCACCCGUAUCAAGGUCCUGAACAGGAAGCUUGAUGAUAUCAGCGAGCGUGGUGCUAAAGGCUUCUAUCUUGGUUUAUCUAAGGACCGUGGAGGUAGGAUGCACGCCUAUCAUUGCCACGCACGCGAGACAUGUGGGUUGCUUGACCGGUCGCAUGUUGUUGGGGAGAAGAUCGAAGAAGACACAAAAGCAUUAGUGGCCAAGAUCAUACAAACAAGAAACGAGGUCAACAACAAAAUCGCGGUGCUCGCCGUCCUAGGUGUCUGUGGGGUUGGCAAGACCACCCUCGCGCAGAUGGUCUUUCACGACGAGGCCAUCCAAGGUGAGUUUGACAUGAUGAUAUGGCUGAGCGUCAACAAGGACUUCAAUGGGGUUGAGCUGCUAAGGGCCGCAAUCAAUCUUGCCGGGGGAGUACACACAGGUCAUGGAGAGAUGUCUGUGCUCUGGCCAAUCCUUACCGCUGCCUUGACAGGGAAGAAGGUCCUGCUGGUGAUGGAUGAUGUUUGGAACCAUGCAGCAUGGGAGGAUGUGCUCGAAAGACCAUUUGUUCUGGCUGCUGCUCAAGGUAGUCGAGUGCUCAUUACCACGAGAAAUGAAAGAGUUGCCCAAGCGAUGGGAGCCGAGCAUCCGUAUCACCGUGUCAAUAAAUUAGGUCCAGAAGAUGCCUGGUCAUUACUAAAGAAACAGGUAGCGACCAGUGAGACAGAUGAAUCUGAGAUUGAUAAGCUAAAGGAUAUUGGAUUGCAGAUUACAGCAAAAUGUGGUGGUUUGCCACUUGCUGUUAAAGUGAUGGGAGGAUUGUUGUGUCAGAAGGACAGAAAAUGGCGUGAGUGGGAGAUGGUUCUGGAUGACUGUACUCCAAGAUGUCAAUUGCACGAGGAGCUAAACCACUCAGUGUACUUAAGCUAUGAAGAGCUGUCUCCUUGUAUGAAACAGUGCUUUCUGUUCUACUCAUUUCUCCAUACAAAUACAGUGUUCUAUGAGAAUGACAUUGUUGGCAUGUGGAUUAGUGAAGGUUUUAUUUACGGAAACUCAGAAGAUUUGGAAGAUUUAGGAAGUAAGUGCUAUAGCGAGCUUAUACUGAGGAACCUUAUAGAGCCAGAUGCAAGGUACACUAGUCAACGGGUUUGCAACAUGAAUGAUGUUGUUCGCUCAUUUGCUCACUUCGUUUGUAGACAUGAAGCACUAGUAGCUCACAUUGGAGAAGCAUAUGCCACUAGGUAUCUUAAUUGCCAAAAUUUUAUUCGGCUGUCUCUGCAAAGCGAUGGAUCAGAAUCAGAUAUGUUGGUAUGGAGUCUUCUACAAGGACAGAAAUCAUUGAGAACACUAAUAUCAAUUGGCCAGAUAAAGCAUCAACUUGGUGAUUCAUUGAUUAGCUUUCCAAGUCUACGGGCCCUACAUAUAGAAUCCGCAAAUGCUGCUGCACUGGUUGAAUCUUUGUGUCUACUUAAGCACCUGAGGUAUUUGUCUGUAGCACACACUGAUGUAUCUAGUCUUCCAGAAAACAUCAACACGAUGAAAUUCUUGCAGCAUAUUAACCUCCAGGGCUGUGAAAGUUUUGAGAAACUUCCUGAUAGCAUUAUAAAGCUAGAGCAGCUGAGGUAUCUAAACCUUAAUGACACAGGUAUAAAUGUUAUACCUCGGGGUUUUCGUGGUCUAAUAAAUUUGAGGAAAUUAUAUGGGUUUCCAGCCCAUAUGGAUGGCGACUGGUGUAGUCUUGAAGAGUUGAGGCCUCUUUCCCAGUUAAGAGAAAUUGGAUUGAAGGGUUUGGAGAAUGUAGCUGCUACCUUGUUUGCCGCAAAGGCCAGGCUUGGUGAGAAGGUGCAUCUUACCUACUUGAAGUUAGAGCGCACCAGCAGAUCGGGAGGUGAUGAGUUGGUUAAGGAAGGAAGAGGUGCCUUUCAGGAUGAAGAACAACAAAUUGAGAAGGUGUUUGAUGAGCUCUACCCACCACCGGUCCUAAGUAUUCUUGACAUCCAAGGAUACUUUGGUCUGCAGCUCCCAUUUUGGAUGAGAACAGAGGACCGUCUUAAGAACCUGGUUGUUCUGACGAUGGAAGAUUUGGCUUGCUGCACCCAGCUUCCAUGUUGCUUGAGUCAGCUUCCCUAUUUAAAGGUCCUUAAGAUUGAACGAGCCCCAGCCAUCAGCAGUGUUGGGCCUGAAUUCUUUGGAGUUUCCGAACAUCAUAACCAGACGGUGACUAUGUUUCCCCGUUUGCAUGAACUGGUCUUCUCUGGAAUGGUGAAGUGGGAGGAGUGGGUGUGGGAGGAACAGUUAAAUGCCAUGCCCGCCCUGGAGGAGCUUCUGGUCGAUAGCUGCAAACUGAGGAGCUUUCCUCCUGGCCUUGCCUUCCACGCAAGGGCUUUGAAACGAUUGGUUAUUACCGCGGCUCUAAACCUCAACUCUCUUGAUAGUUUUGCUUCUGUUGUUGAGCUUCAUGUGUAUUUCAGUCCAAAGCUGACAAGUAUAGCUAAUCUCCAUGAGCUGCAAAAGCUCACAAUCAUUUUCUGCCCAAAGCUGGAGACAUUGAUUGGUGUUCCUGCAAUCCGAAGACUUGUGCUGGAGGAUUAUGACAUGGAAACACUCCCGAGAUACCUUCAAGAUGUAGGGAACCUGAGCCUUUUGCAGCUAGACUGCAGCCUAGAGCUUCUCACGUCCAUAGCCAUGGGGCAACCUGGACCAGAGUGGAAAAAGUACAGCCAUGUCAAGCAUGUCAAGGCAUAUGCGCAUGAUGGAGACAAUCAAAGGGAAUGGUAUGUGUUAUACACAAAAGAUCCCUACAAAUUCGAGACGAACAUCAGCCAACGCUCUUCCAAACUGGAAGCUGUUGGCAAAGGUGAAGACAAGCUUAUUGGCAGAGAGGCAGAACAACUUCUUGGCAUAGACAGCUCGAGUGGCUCAGCAGUCAGCGAAGAUAACCGAGAACUUGUUGGAAUUGAAAAUCCAUGUCAAUAUCUAAUCAAAUUGCUGACGCAUGGUGAUGAGGAAGAACUAAAAAUGGUCUCCAUUUGUGGAACUGGAGGUUUGGGUAAAACGACAGUUGCCCAUGCAGUUUAUAGGAAGAUUGCAAAUGAGUUUAAAUAUAAAGUUUUUGUUGACAUGCCCUGUAAUCUUGACAUAAAAGUGAUCAUUGGAACCAUAUGUGCUGAAGUUGGUUGUCCUCGUCCCAAGUUUGAAGAAUGUUGUGUUCAGCAACUAGUCGACCGACUCAAAAUAUUCUUUGAAGGGAAAAGGUACUUGAUCGUUUUUGAUGGCUUGUCGACCACAUCAGUAUGGGAUCAAAUUCUGCCUGCACUGAAAGAUAAUAGACAUGGAAGUAGAAUAAUUAUUACAACCCGGAAUGUCAGUAUUGCUGAACAUGUUGGUGGCCUUUAUCGUCUGCCACUUCUUUCUUGCGACGACUCGAACAUGUUAUUCUUCCGAAGAACAUUAUUUGGCAGUAAAGAUGAUUGUCCUUCUCAAUUUAGAGAAUUGUCUGAGAAAAUGUUGAGUAGAUGUGGACAGUUACCAUUAGCCAUCACUGUCAUAACUGAUUUGCUGCCUAAAGAUAGGGUGUUGGAGGAAUGGCAAAAGGUGUGUGAUUCUAUUGAAAGGGGUAACGGUAUGGAGAAUAUCAGAAGAGUUCUAAAACACAGUUAUGAUGAUCUACCUCCAGAUCUCCAGAGAUGCUUGUUGUGUCUAAGUAUUUUCCCAGAGGGCUAUGAGAUUGGAAGAGAUAGUUUGGUGCAGAGAUGGAUAUCUGAAAAUUUAAUAUGUGGGGAGCAUGGACAGAACUUGCAGGAACUGGGUGAGAGUUAUUUUUCUGAACUCGUAAAUUCUAACCUGAUCCAACCGAUAGAAUUUGACGGUUCUGGAAGGGAUCUGGUUUACCGUGUACCUGUAACAACUCUUGAUCUUAUUGUUGAUUUGUCUAUUCGCGAGAACUUUGUUACUAUAUUACCUAGCCUACAACGAACAGAUCUCCCAAGCGAGGUACAACGGUUAUCUCUCCGAGGCAGCAAUGAGCAUGAUGAGCUAAAAGCAAUCAAGAACAUUGACCAAGUGAGUUCACUCUCCCUCUUUAAUGGUGCUGGUCCGAUGCAGCCACUUUCAAAGUUUCGAGGGCUGCAAGUGUUACAUUUACAGGAAUGUGACUCUGUGAAGAAUGAAGGUGAUUCUGUGAAGAAUGAACGAGAUUCUGUGAAGAAUGAAGGUGUUUCUGUGAAGAAUGAACGAGAUUCUGUGAAGAAUGAACAUCUUAACGGUCUUGAGAGUUUAGACAAGCUGAGGUACCUGGUUCUAGGCAGCAGUCUUAUUACUGAGAUCCCCAAAAUGAUCGGGAAACUACGCCAUCUGCAGAUACUGGAUUUGACGGCAACUCGUGUAAAAGAGCUGCCAUCCAGCAUUGUUAAGCUUACGAAAUUGCGGCGGCUGCUUAUUAACAGAUCCACAGAAGUACCAGAUAAGAUUAUUGGGAAACUAGAAGCUCUAGAAGAACUGGUGGACAUUGAUAUCUCCAAGUCUCUAAAUAUUCUGCAAGAGAUUGGUACCAUGCCAGAACUGAGGGUGCUCAGCAUUGCCUUGUGGUCGUGGGAUGAGCAUCAUACCACACUUCUCUCCGAGAUUAUUUGCAAACUGGCUAUGAAGAAACUCAGACAUCUCUCUAUCUGCUCUUGCUGUUUACUAGAUUUGAAGUCAGAUUUACAGCCAGUUCUCCAACUUGAAAAGCUUGAGAUACAGGGCAGCAUAUUCGACAAAUUACCAACAUGGAUUAACAGACUCACCCAUCUCCGCUCCUUGUCCAUCGAGAUCUACUCCUUGGAAAAGAAUGCUCUUGAAGUACUUGGAAAAUUAGAGAAUCUUCUUUUCCUAUCCCUUGUUGCAAAGAGGAUCGCAGGAGAAAAGCUAGUGAUUGUUAAAAAUACAUUCUGUACCCUGCAGACUUUUCUUCUGUUCAAUCAUGCCAUGGCGAUAGAGUUCGAACAAGGAGCUAUGGAGAAACUUCAAAGGCUUAAGUUAACGCUGCAGGCAUCACUGACAAAGACGGAUGAUCUUUGUUUAGGCCUGGAUACUCUCUCUUCACUUCAGCAUGUCCAUGUUGAAAUUAUCUGCUUCAGUGCCACGGAUGGGGCUGUGAAGGCAGCUGAGACUGCAAUCGAGAGCAUGAUUGGAAAUAACCCUGGUAAGCCUAGACUUGAAAUGAAAAGAAUUGAGGAGAAAUAUAUGACAGAAGACAAAAAGAAAGAAGCAGACUCUGAAAUCAAGGGAGAAGAUGAAGAUCAAGAAUCACUCUGCCUGGCAAAGCAGGAAGAAAAGACUGUUACAUCAAAGAAGAAGAGCAGGAGGGCAAGGAAGAAGAACAAGAGGCAUCACUAGUGAGGACUUCAUUUCCCCAUGCAAAUCUGAUUCCUGAAAUCCAAUCUGUUUUUUUUUUUGGUCCUGAUCAUAUACAUUUAACACACCAUUUUUCUUGUUUGCUUGUUAGGAAACAAUGAAUAUCGGUGCCUUCACCUACCUGGGUGUGGACUUCCAUUUUUAUUUUUGUUUGUGUUCUGUAUUUGCUUCCGUUUGCUCGUGAAUUCAUGAACUAUCACCAGCAGGGUGCCAUGUGCACAACAUCAGAACUUUAUAAUCUGUAAUAGGACAAGUCAUCUCGGUACUUAAAAACCGCCGCAUCGUGGUGCUGCCAGUUUUUUUGCCCCAUAGCCCAAAUCCGGGUGGUGGGUUUUUCUGGCGGUACGGUGCUUACAACUCUCUGUCUAAUUUCUUGUUGUUCAUUUAUUGCCGUUGUGAAAUAUAAUGAAGAAUGAGGGAAACCUUGUUCGAGAAUC